UCUCCCACAGUCAAAUCACCCGUUUGUACAGUCGCUUCACCAGCCUAGACAAAGGAGAAAAUGGCACUCUUAGCCGUGAAGACUUCCAGCGGAUUCCAGAGCUUGCCAUCAAUCCACUGGGAGACAGAAUUAUCAAUGCCUUCUUUCCAGAAGGAGAGGACCAGGUGAAUUUCCGUGGAUUCAUGAGGACACUAGCCCACUUCCGACCCAUAGAAGAUAAUGAAAAGAGCAAAGACCAGAAUGGACCAGAACCACUGAACAGCCGAAGUAACAAGCUCCACUUUGCUUUUCGGCUAUAUGAUCUAGAUAAAGAUGACAAGAUUUCCAGAGAUGAGCUUCUUCAGGUAUUACGGAUGAUGGUUGGUGUAAACAUUUCAGAUGAGCAGCUGGGCAGCAUUGCUGACAGGACAAUCCAGGAAGCUGAUCAAGAUGGAGAUAGUGCCAUCUCCUUUGCAGAGUUUGUAAAGGUUUUGGAGAAGGUGGAUGUAGAGCAGAAAAUGAGCAUUCGCUUUCUUCACUGAUGGAUGGAGAACCUAUUCCUUUGUACCCCUACUGUAUAAUGAAUAGAACUUAAUUUUCUCCUUAGCACCUUCCCCCAGAGCAUUGCUACUGGUGCAUAUACAAUACAUCUCCAACCCCUCUCUGAUUUGUUCUACCAAUGUGAACAUUCCCUGUACAUCAGGAACAAAGGGAAAUGGCUGCCAUGCAACUUGGAAAGGAGCAAUUUUUUUAAAAAUCUUUUCCUUCCAUUUUUUUUACCCUUUCUCCCUUGUCUCCUUCUGCACUGCUGUUUCAGCAAAAAUGUCUCUCCAUACGUACUGCUGUUUAAUCUACAAACUGAUUCUUCUGAGCUCUGAAUCUGAGAAUGGAAAAACGGGAACAUGCCACAGAAGCGCCCUCUGAAACACUUUGGAGAAAAGCAUCUACUCAAAUACUAGGUGCAGUGAUAAUGAUUCACUUUUGCUUCCAGUAGCAACACCACAUUACAGCUGCCUUUUUUUUUUUUCUUUCCCAUUUCGCUUUUUACAUGCAGAUUUGUUUCUUGGCUGCUUCCA